GGGAUAUUUUCAAAUUCAGAAUUUAAUAUAAAGUUCGAGAAUAUGCGAGUUGAGAAACCCAAGAAAAUCAUCUUAAAUUAAAUAAUAAAGAAACCACCUCUCUCGCCAUCAUCUCCCUCUCCUUACCAGGCCAGGCGUUUGGUGAGAAGAGAGGGAAGUAGCUUUCUUGUGGUAGUCGAAUUGUUUACUGGCUUUCAUCGGGCUGUCAAGGGGACAACAUUGACAGCCCGAUUUAUUAGACCCAGAAGCUUCGUGGUUGCUGUGGUGUGUUGUAUAUAGCGUUGAUUGGGCUGUAAGGGAAGAGCGUCCAAAGCCCGAUUUAAUAAGGAAACCAAAUUCCCAGGACGCGUCCCGUUGACGGGUCCAUCGUUAAACUCCUCCAACAUUUGGAUUCCAGUCUCGUCGUUCUUGGAUAUCUGGGUUUUGGCUCUAUUCUUGAAAUCGACCUUGGGUUUUGAGUUGGUGUUAUUUUGAGGAUUGCUUGACGUUGAUAUCGUACUUGUGGUGUAUACAUUGUUUACCGGAAUGGGUUCUUUGUCCGGGAUCGUUCAGCGACCUCUGGUAGCAGCUGUGGUUGUUGCUGUCGCUUCUUUCUCGUCAGAGGUUUCUGAAAAAUUGCCGUCUCUUAGAUCAUCGGACGGUUGUUCAACUUCGCAACAGAUUGAUUCUUCAUUGGGUAAACCAGGAAAUGAUGAAAGGACUUCCUGGAUUUCUGAUAUAUCGGUUUCCAAGCUUGCAAACUUGUCCUUUGUCACCAGAAUCCAUGUGCCGCUUCCUAAUGUUAACUUUACGCUUCCAAAUUCCAGCAGCUAUUUUGUUCCUGGCAUGGCAUGUUCUUCUGUUGUGUCUUCUCCUGUUCUUCGGAAUCUGUACCAAUCGGCAGAGUGGACAAAAGCAUCAAAGCCGGCCUCAUUGCCAAGUACAAUCACUAUCUCCGCCCCUGAUGUUUCAUAUAGAUGGCAUUUACCAGAACCUAAUGCUAUUGAUGGUUCUCGAACUUCUGAUUGCUCAUCUGUGAAGUCCAGAACGGUAGUUGUUUUGCUUGGAUGGUUGGGAUCUAAGCAGAAGCAUCUCAAAAGAUAUGCAGAGUGGUACACUUCCAAAGGAUAUCAUGCCAUCACCUUCACUUUUCCAAUGAGUGAAAUUCUUAGUUACCAGGUUGGUGGGAAAGCUGAGCGGAGUAUAGAAUUGCUAGUGAACCACUUGGCUGAUUGGUUGGAAGAGGAGCAAGGAAAAAAUCUAGUUUUUCACACCUUUAGCAACACCGGCUGGUUGACAUAUGGAGCCAUUCUGGAGAAUUUUCAGAAACAAGAUCCAUCGUUGAUGGGAAGAAUUAGGGGCUGUAUUGUGGACUCUGCACCUGUUGCAGCCCCUGACCCACAGGUAUGGGCUUCAGGUUUUUCUGCGGCAUUCCUGAAAAAGCACAGUGUUGCAACCAAAGGCCUUGCAAGUUUGAGUGAGUCCGACAUGGAGGUAUUAAUUGGCAGCAAAGAAGUUGUUGUACCCCAACCUGCAGUAACUGAAACAGCUUUGCUGUUGAUUCUUGAGAAGUUCUUUGAGGUGGUACUAAAUCUUCCUACAGUGAACAGGCGGCUCUCAGAUGUGCUAGACCUAUUGUCAUCAAGACAACCAAGGUGUCCACAGUUAUACAUAUAUAGCUCAGCGGAUAGAGUAAUUCCUGCAGGACAGGUGGAAUCAUUCAUAGAAAGGCAGAGGAGGGCGGGGCAUGAGGUCCGUGCUUGUAAUUUUGUGCGUACACCACAUGUAGAUCAUUUCAGAAAUGACCCAAAAUUGUACACCAGUCAGCUCAGCCAGUUUUUGGAUGACUGUGUGCUUACUGCUUGUAAGUGUUCUUGAAGUGAAGUUAUGAGAAUCACUCUACUUUUGUUCAUCUAAGCCUUUCAAUUUUCCAUACUUCAAAACCUGAUAGUGAUUAAUUCAUUGAUGUAGAGUUGUUUGGAUAUUUGUCCAUUAAACCCUUGCUUUUAUACAUUGACAAAGCCCCUGCAAAUUUUUGUUCAA